AGCUGCAGGGGCGCCGAGCAUGGCUGAUGGCCCUCGUCACUAGGGCUAAGCCGCCUUCCCUGUGCACCUGAUUUGCUUAAGCGCCCCCCCCCCCCGCCCCGUCCAGCCCUUGGCUUCUGCACCGAGCCCCUUCCCUGGCUGAGAGCCUGCACACCUGUACCUGCAGCCUCCUCAUCCCUUCAGCAUCCAGGUGUGCCUCCGACCCCCGCGGCUUCCCAGCUCCUGUGGCCGUCCUCCUCUUGCUCCGACCGCCUUUCCUCCUCCUCCUCCUCCUCCUCCUUCUUCCUCCUCCUCUUGCUCCGACCGCCUUUCCUCCUCCUCCUCCUCCUCCUCCUUCUUCUUCUUCCUCCUUCCUCCUCCUCCUCCUCCUCUUGCUCCGACCACCUUUCCUCCUCCUCCUUCUUCUUCCUCCUCCUCUUGCUCUGACCGCCUUUCCUCCUCCUCCUCCUCCUCCUCCUUCUCCUUCUUCUUCCUCCUCUUGCUCCGACCGCCUUUCCUCCUCCUCCUCCUCUUGCUCCGACCACCUUUCCUCCUCCUCCUCCUCCUUAUUAUUAUUAUUAUUAUUAUUAUUAUUAUUUCUCAUACUUAUACCCCGCAUCUCAGCCAAAAAGGGCUCUCGGAGCAGCUUACAAUUAGUUAGCAAAAAAGACAGUCCUGCCCUCAGGCUUACAGUCUUUCCUUAGCCUUGGAGAACCCGCCGUCCAAGGUCCUGGCCUGCCCUCGCCGGGCCACCUUUGCACUUUGGGGUGCCACCCCUUCUCCCCCCCCACACACACCGAGAUGAGCUUCUUCGGGUUCGGACAGAGCGCUGAGCUGGAACUGGUGCUGAGCGACGCCGAGAGCAGGCGGCGGGCAGAGCAUAAGACCGAGGAGGGCAAGAAGGAGAAAUAUUUCCUCUUCUACGAUGGCGAGACGGUCUCCGGCAGGGUCAUCCUCACCCUCAAGCACCCGAACAAACGGCUGGAACACCAGGGCAUCAAGGUGGAGUUCAUCGGACAGAUAGAACUGUACUACGACCGAGGGAACCACCAUGAAUUUGUGUCCCUGGUGAAGGAUUUGGCCCGACCUGGAGAGUUCACCCAGUCGCAGUCCUUUGACUUUGAAUUCACGCAUGUGGAGAAGCCGUACGAGUCCUACACUGGGCAGAAUGUGAAGUUAAGGUAUUUCCUCCGCGCUACCGUGAGCCGCAGACUGAACGACGUGGUGAAGGAGAUGGACAUUGUGGUACAUACGCUUAGCACCUACCCGGAACUCAACUCCUCCAUCAAGAUGGAGGUGGGGAUUGAAGAUUGCCUGCACAUCGAGUUCGAGUACAAUAAAUCCAAAUACCAUUUGAAAGACGUGAUUGUUGGGAAGAUCUACUUCCUCCUUGUGCGGAUCAAGAUCAAACACAUGGAGAUCGACAUCAUCAAGAGGGAGACCACGGGGACCGGGCCCAACGUUUACCACGAAAAUGAUACCAUCGCUAAAUACGAGAUCAUGGAUGGGGCACCAGUGAGAGGGGAGUCCAUCCCGAUUAGGCUCUUCCUCGCUGGCUACGAGCUGACGCCCACCAUGAGGGACAUCAAUAAGAAGUUCUCCGUGCGCUAUUACCUCAACCUGGUGCUGAUCGAUGAAGAGGAGCGCCGCUAUUUUAAACAACAGGAGGUGGUGUUAUGGCGCAAGGGCGACAUCGUGAGGAAGAGCAUGUCCCAUCAGGCUGCCAUCGCCUCCCAGCGGUUCGAAGGCACGUCCUCCCAGACAGAGAGCAGGACGCCCAGCCAGCUUUCAGAGAACAACGGCCGGCAGUGAGAGGCGUGCGGAGCGCGAGGUUGCGACAAACGGCCUGGUUCAAGGCUCGGGGCUUUGGACAACGAAGGAGGAUGCAAAACAAAACUUUCACCAGAGACUUGCAAACACAAAUUAUCCGUCGGGUUGUAUGUGUGGUUUCCCUUUUAUUUCCCCCUUUGUUCCUUUUCUCCCAAGGCCUAGGAUGGGGAGGGAAUGAACGCAUGUGACAGCAAGAAGCCCUUCCUUUCUCUAAUUCAGUAUUCCUUAGGGUGGGGUGGAGGGUCAGGGUCAGAUGCAGUUGGAGCUGGAGGGGAACACGGUUCUCU